UUUUCUAUCGGUUAAAAUUGCAUUGAAAGCAUUUCACUAAAAAAGGCGUAAACACUUCAAAUGUUUAUUCGGAUUAAAAAGCGCGAAUUCGCCGUUGCGGGUGGGAAAAACAUUUCAAUAUUGUUUUUAAUUACUUUUAAAUAUUCGUAAUAUGGUUCGUAAUUCUAUGCGAUCAUAUUACAAGAGAAACAGAAAAGAUUUGUCACUUCGCAAUUCCAGAACUGAAAUGUCUGAAGUAAAGCUUGGCUGUAAUAUUUGAAGUGAAAUUCGGUUGGACUCAGUCAGAGAAAUAGCUGGCGCAAAUGUUUUUCUUUUUUUCUUUUUUUUUGUGCUUUCAUACAGUACUUUGCCCAGCACUGCUGAAAUUACGAAACUUUUUCCACUACCCUACCUCGCAGUCUGUGUUCCCCCGUGAGUAAUUAAUAGAUUGCCUACGAAUUCAUGCAGCGAGCAUUUUAAUCUGCAGAAGUAUUAAAAUAUUACGAGUUUAAUAUAAUGAAAUAAUAUAAUAUAAAUUUCUGGAGAUCUGCGAUUAGCGAAAUUCUUUGUCAGUUGCGAAGGCGUGCGAAACUCCUAUCUGAAUAACAAUUUUAGAUAUCGACCCUGGCAACUAUUGGAUUUUUGUUAUUUCAGAGUCAAAUGUGAAAAACAGUAUUUAUUAUAUUUUUCAUCGCACUCUUCUGCACUCAUAGAUCUAGAAAAAUUAUUACUCCUAUAACAAAAGCGAGUCUACUGUUCAUUCACCCUCUAAAUAUCCACAAAUUUCGACCACCAUUCAAAACAAACAUAUAGCAAAACAUAUAGUAAAAUAAUACGUCACUAAUCGUCUCAUUUGCCAGCUCGAGGAGUCCCCGUUCUUCUAAGCCAACAUCGAAUCUCAACCUCAACGCUAUUUCGCUCCGUACGCGAACUUAUAUGCCUCGAUAUUAAAGAAUGCAUACAACAGAACCACGCAUGAGAUGAUGCGGCAAGGGUUCGCUUUGUGUCGAAUCGUAACAGGUACUUCAACGAGGAUUUUAAUCAACGCAAAGGGCACACUUCCAUUUCACAAUAACAAUCGCGAGCCGGCGACAGAGCCGACCUUGGGUAAAUAUUUUUAUUUCGUUACUCGGGUGAGAAUUUCGGCCAGCGGUGCCCGCCGCGAUCGCAGGGAUCCCCUUGUUUCCCUACCAUCGCUCGUAGAUCGCAUGCGGGUGCAUGUGCCGGUGGAUGUUGCACAUGCGCGGUGGUUCCGCGUCGCCAGACAGCCCGCCGCUACGGGUGCAUCUCGCGGCAGUUCGCAGUCGUCUUCUAAGCCAGGCUCAUUAGUCACUCAGCACUCAGUCGGAACACAUUUUCGUGAAUCGUACUCGUUGCUCGGCGAACUAUCCCACUGAUCCAUCCGACACCUGCCUCUCCUAUCUUCAUCCUUCCAUCAUCCUCCAUCGAAAGCACGCGUUAUCAGUCGUCGUAGGAGAGAAACGGCGCUCGUUGUUUGCCACCCGCCGUGUUCCACUAGCCAGUUUGCCCGCGAGGGGAUGCAACUGAACUCGAUGGGCUCCCCUGCACGUGCCAGCUGACUCUCGAGGAGCGUCGAACUCGAUACGACCACGCGCUCGCUCCCUUCUUUCCCCGAACGGAAAUCCCCGUGAUUCCACCCGCCCAGUCGUCGAGACGCUUUCCAGUCUCUCCGCGAGUUUUCCCCGUACCCCAGGAAUGACUUCCGUCCUGUUCGCGUGAGGAUUCGUCGACGACAGUCACCCGAGCGCCGAUGAUCGGGGGUGGGGGCCAAAGUAUCGAGGUUCCUCGAGAAGAGCCCUAAAGGCAGAGUUCGGUUCCAUUUGGUUCGGAUAGUUGGUGGAUCCAGGUGGAUCUAGGUGGAGCCAGACGAUCGCGGUGAAAAGCCAGGUCGUCGACACGACGGGAACUACGCGAGGAACCAACAUCCGCGUCCCAUGGUCGAAACCACUUCGGACCAACGCUUCACGAUCAAGUUCCCCAUGCUGCAGCCACCGUCUCCCCUCCUGGAGAUGGCAUCCCUGCGACUACCGGACUCCGAGGAGUUCGACGCCGACACGCGCCGCAGGAGUAACAAUGCCAACGUCCAGCCAACGACCGUCGCGGCCGUUCCACCGGCCACCCUCCUGCAGAUGAGGAACGACUUCGGAAACUACCUGAACAACCUCAUCGCGGAGGCAAUCACGACCAACCCGAGAACGACGCUGGACGAGCACGGUGGGCUGUUGAACGCUAGUAAAACGGUGAACCUCUCCACCGCCGAGCAGAUACCCGAUCGCCUUUACAGGCACAGUAUGGCUAUGUCCGCGGUCUAUUGUGUCGCUUACGUCCUGGUAUUCGUCGUCGGUCUGAUAGGUAACAGUUUCGUCAUCGCCGUGGUGUAUCGGUCCCCGCGCAUGAGGACUGUCACGAACUUCUUCAUCGUCAACCUCGCGGUGGCCGACGUCCUCGUUAUCGUGUUCUGUCUGCCUGCCACUUUGAUGAGCAACAUCUUUGUUCCAUGGAUCCUGGGGUGGUUCAUGUGCAAAGCAGUCACUUAUAUACAGGGCGUUUCUGUGGCGGCCUCUGUCUACAGUCUUGUUGCGGUUUCCUUGGACAGGUUCCUGGCGAUCUGGUGGCCGCUGAAGUGUCAGAUCACGAAGCGCCGCGCUAGGAUGAUGAUAGUCGUGAUCUGGGUCGUCGCCCUCACCAUUACGCUGCCGUGGCUUCUGUUCUUCGACCUGGUGGCCAUCUACGAGAGCGAGCCGGACCUCAGGCUCUGCCUGGAUAGGUGGCCUCACCCCGAAGAUGGCACCCUCUUCUUCCUCAUCGGCAACCUGACGUUCUGCUACGUUCUCCCCACGAUUCUGAUAUCCCUUUGCUACAUCCUGAUCUGGAUCAAGGUAUGGCGAAGGCACAUACCGACCGACACGAAGGACGCUCAGAUGGAGAGGAUACAGCAGAAGUCGAAGGUGAAAGUGGUCAAGAUGCUGGUGGUGGUGGUGAUCCUAUUCGUCCUAUCCUGGUUGCCGUUGUACGUAAUCUUCACAGUGAUCAAGCUCGGCGGCGAUGAAGAGGAGCGAGAGGAGGAGAUUCUGUCCAUCGCCACACCGAUAGCUCAAUGGCUAGGCGCCAGCAACUCCUGCAUCAAUCCCAUCCUGUACGCGUUCUUCAACAAGAAGUAUCGCCGUGGUUUCGUCGCGAUCAUGAAGAGCGGGCGCUGCUGCGGCAAGAUCAGGUAUUACGAGACGGUAGCCAUCAUGUCCUCCUCGACGAGCAUGAGGAAGUCCUCCUACUACGUCAACAACAACAACUCGUCGACGAGACGGGCCUGCCACGGACCCCCUGUUCACCAGGACAGCAACGUUUCCUACAUAUUCAAUCACACCGGCGUCUAAGCAACGAGUCCAGUCCUAAAGAUAUUUGAUGUUCGGUUAUUCCGAGGCUGGCUGCCCGGAACGGGUUUCAAGCGAGCCGGUCCGAGGUUCCAGGUCACGCUGAUCGCAACCGAUUGUCGCUCGGAUCGGAUAGUCGUCGAUAAGGGGGUCAAACGAGCACUGCUGCCAGCAGCUUUUCGCUAGCGCUACAUCGCGGCGAGGAUCGGUUUACGUAAUCGCGGUUGCUGGCGAGGAACAGUGUUCCUCGACUCCGUCGUUUUGUAUUUAUCGCGUGAAUUGUAUUUUGUUGAGCGAGAACCAACUCUGGCGGCUCGUGAGGCUCGUCGUUCUCGUGGAUCCCGCGACGUGUCCGAGAUCGAAGUCGUCGGGAUACGUCGCAGGAAACUUUCCACGAGCAUCUUUCUAGAUUUCUAAGGAAUCCACGAACAAAGGGACCUUAGCCGCUGGCUUGACAUUUGCGUGUGCGACAGCGGCGAGCAAGAGGAGAAAGUGGUGAGUUGGUCAGGCGACGUGGAAGAGAAUCGAAAAGAGAUUGAGCUUCUCGUCACUGGACAUAGGGCGACAGUUGCUGAGGAUUCUUGACCUUCUAGGAAGAAGCCAUCAACCAAAACACUUGCCGAAGAAGACGGAAUAUUGGUUGAUGCAGGAGCUGGAGGCUCCCUCCUAGAGUAGCAAGAAUUAUUCGGACCUAGUAUAAUUAAUCUUGGGGGGGGGGGGGGCAUGUGGCACACCCGGUAGAUAACUGUUGCUAUUCUAGGAGGAAGCCAGGAAUUAAGGCACCUGAUGAAGAACGCUGAGUUUGCGCAAAAGCUGGUGGCUCCCUCCUAGAGUAGCAAGAGUCAUUCGGACCUAGUAUAAUUAAUCUUGGGGGACAUGUGGCACACCAGGUAGAUGCCUGUUGCUCUUCCAGGAGAAAGCCAGGAAUUAAGACACCUGAGUUUACGCAGAAGCUUGUGGCUCCCUCCUAGAGUGGCAAGAGUCAUUUCAACAAGGUGUCCCCAUCGAUCUCCGUCAGCGAAUUGUUGACACCUUGCGACUGGAAAAUAGAACGAUGUCGACUCGUAGGCCCUUAAUUAAACACCGCAGAACUUUAUCCGUGCAUAACACCCGUUACUUUGCACUUGCGCAGCGCGUACGAUCUAGAGGAGGACGCAUGGUGGGUGACAGAGCGAGUGCUGAACAUUACCUCCUCGUACGAGAUAAAAUACAGAUUACUAGGUAUUCUACUUGUACUUAUCGUAGCACGGUCGGCUCCAACAGUUAUAUACACAUAUAUUUUCUUAUUGGAACGUUAGACGAUUCUAGUCUUUUUGGGAUUACUUAAGGUGCCAUACAUUACAUAUGCCUAUAUAAAUUACUCUCGAGACUAUAGAUUAAGGGGCGCGGGCCCGCGCGUCAAGCGACCAGGAGUGCACAAGGACGGCCCUAUUGUUAACUGAUUCGAAUGAAAUAAUUAACGAUUCACGCGCUUUUUCGUCUAUGCCGCGUUAUCAACGUUGCCCCUCCCCUCUCCCUGCCAGCCCAACCUUCGCCUGUCCCCGUCCCAGACCAUCUCUACACCCACCCAACCAGCCCUGUGUCUACGUGUCCCAGAGAAAGGCGGAAGU